AACUUCGCAGCAUUCGGUGAAAGUUACACGUAUCGAGAACUGUUUUUUCGUUCGGCUGACACGGAGCUCUGCUCAACGUCGCAGCUAAUCUCAUCGUAUCCACGAAUUUUGUUGCAUCAGAUCAUCACUGCAUCUCGUCUCCGAAGAAAUUCAAACUUUCCGCGCUCCCCCAAAGUGUGCAGUAGUGGCCAGACUGCAGUCGGUAAACUGCACAGGUGUCAGUCACAUAUAAGUGCAUGUGUUUGUGUGUGUAUAUGUGUGCAGUGUAGUGAACCUCCAUCAUAAGAAGUCGCGCGCGGCGGCAGUAUUCAAAAGGAUACGAGAUAACAACAACAACGACGAGUAAAUCCGCAAGAUGCGCCUCGACCCGGCAAUUCAGCGCGAGGAGGAGUUGGCGGCUCAGCACCCCGAGCUAUACCAACAGCAGCUGCAGCAGCGCAUGGUGCGCCUGCGACCCGAGCGAUUCAUGCAGGAGGACCACCUGACCCAUGCGGAGCGCGAGUGGCUGGACGUCCACUUCGGCGGCGCCGACGUAGCCCGCGACAAGCACAGCAUCAUCGAGACGCCGCUGCGGCUGGUCGGCACCGUCGACAUGGAGGACGACGUGACGCAGUACGAAUGCGUCGAGCUGCUGCGCGAUCUCGCAGCCAGGAAGCACAAUACGUUCGACAUGAGCACCAGGAGUAUCUUGCUGCAGUUCGCCGCCUUCCAGCCGAAGAUCUUUCGAGCCGUUCGACCCGAGAACUCGCCGGCCAACUCGAGCCUGGGCCUGUCGAUGGACUGCUGGGUCAAGUACUACGCCUUCAAGCCGGAUCGUGAUAUGGAAUAUGAAGGUGUCGUCAAGAAUGUGUCUCCCACCUCGAUCGGCCUCAAGAUGAGAAAUGUCACCGGCCUCUACGUGAACAUCGAGAGAGACUGCAAUAAGCAUCAGGACGAGAGUCCCAAAAAAAAGUGCUGCACAGUGACCAAAGACGAGAUCGUUAAGUUCAAGUUCGUGAAGUUCGGCGUGCAUCCGCACAGUGUCUUCAUUUACGGUAGCAUGGUAUGAUCGGGAAAAUCGCGUGCAAAGACCGUCCCGACGUUGAUCGUUCGAUGGUACGAAAAUUGCACGAAACUUAGCGAAUUUAACAGUAUUUUCAGAUAUAGAUAACGUUAGUGUUUUCGUAUGCGAGCGUGUGUGUUGCUCGAUCAAAACAAAUGAUCUAUUAUUGUCGAGUCGAAAGGUGAAUUGCACUCGGAAUUGAACGUAUACAAUCAGUUUAGUGAUGCCUAAGUAGUAAAUUGAUUAGAUAUCAAUUCCAAAAUAAAAUGAUGUACAGAAAGAUAUAAACUUCCAAAAGUUCACAAAGUGCAUUUUUUGCUAUAAAAAUAAAAAGAAUAUUAGAAUUUAGAAAGAGAGCAUAUUAAUUAGAUUAAUUGUAAGUUUUAGAGUCUAUUUAUUAUGUAGCAUAAGUUGAAAAAAACUGAGAUGAUUCUAUUUUGUUAUAAAUGUAACGAGCGAUAUUUGAUUUUCAAUGAUUAGUCCGUUCUGUGUUCAUUAUUGAAAUGUUUACCGUUAUUGAGAUAAGUUGGAAUAAAUGUUGUAAAUGUUAUAAAUAAUCAUAACGUCGUUAUAAUUCUUUAUAUUUAUAACAAUGUUGUCACGAUUAUCGUACCUGCUGUUAUUAAAUAUUUUAUAGCUACAAUUA